GGAAACAGGGAAGCAGGUGUGGUUUCUUGUCCACAAUCAAAGCUGAUGAACGAAUAUUUCUCUGUUUCUUGGCUGUCAUCCUCACAGGGUUCAUUAAUUACUUUCUCUCUUUCCUUCCUUCAACCCCCAUCCAGUUUCCACGAUCCUUUCCAUUUCCCUUUUCUCUUUCUUAUUCUCCUUUUUUCCCACAUAUAAAUACUAGUAUUCAUUCACCAAACAACCCAAAUUCAACAAAACAUUUCAUAUUCACAUUCUCUCUCAACAAUGACUACCAACAAUGUCUUCGAAGAUUUGUUACCAAUGAUGGCCAACAAGCUAGGCGGUGAAGGUUUAAUCAAAGAGCUAUGCAACGGGUUUGACUUGCUGAUGGACAAAGAAAAAGGCGUGAUCACGUUGGAUAGCUUGAGGAAAAACGCUGCGGUUUUGGGUCUUCAGGAUAUGAAAGAAGAUGAACUUGUGAGCAUGAUGAAGGAAGGUGAUAUGGAUAGAGAUGGAGCACUGACGCAGAUGGAGUUUUGUGUUUUGAUGUUUAGGUUGAGUCCGGAAUUGAUGGAAGAGUCUUGGUUUUGGCUUGAGGAGGCACUGCAACAUGAACUUGACAACAAUAAUAAUUCUUUUUUGUAGUUUCUUGUAACAAUUUAACAGACAACAAUUGAUGAUGUUUUCUACUCUUACUUUGUGUUGUUGUAAUUCGUCGUAUUGAAUAUAUUGGAAUUGAUUGACAAUUUUUUGGA